GCGAGCGAACAUCAUUUUACUCAUUCGAACGCAAGCAGCGAGACGGGAAACACCAAAAUGCUGAUGGUACAGACGCUGAUUUGGUUAUCGGUUCUACUAGCGGCCACAUCCGCCACGCAGUACGAAUGCCUCCCAUAUCCCGAAAAGAGCACGUGCAUAAUCGAUUUUAUAUUCUACCUCGGUGGUGAACCGAUCGCUUUCCCCACUGGAUACGAUCACUAUCGGAUCACGUCCCGUUCCGAGAAACAGAUCACUUCCAACGUUACCAUCUUCGACGAAGCCCUUUACGAAGCGAUGCAUCGACCGUCGCGCAUCGAAAUGGCCAACACCAACAUGCAAAGUCUAACUCUGCCGAUGGAAUUACAGCUGGGAAAUUUUGCCGCAAACAAAUUAUCCUCAGUGACAACUGAAGCCGGACGAAACUAUCAAAUCAGUUAUCUAGAUUUGGAAAGUAACAACUUGAAGGACAUCGCGUUCAUCAACAGGCUGGUGAACUUGGAAGUACUGCAUCUGGACCUCAAUCAAAUUUCGACCAUCCCAGGCUCUGCGGUCGCCCCGUUGACUAAACUUAAGUAUCUCUAUCUUCAAUUUAAUCCUUUCACAUCGAUCCCCUGGACUGACCUCCCGCGAACCCUAAUCCAUCUGGAUUGUUACUACUGCCAUGUGGAAUUCGCCGAGUUCACCAAUGUCAGUUUACCGUCGUUGGAAUAUUUAGGCCUGCAACACAACGCUUUUACUACGAUCAACGUAACGGCCUUGCUCCGAGUCGCUCCGCGCCUGAAGGAAGCGCACUUGCAGAACAACGUAAUGACUGAGCAUGAAAGAGACCGAAUAAACGCCAAACUAACGUCGAACAACAUUAGCUUCGUCUAUUCUUCGCCUUUGUUUACAAACUAUUGCUACUACGAUGAUUAUGAAUUCAAAGACGGAACGUGCGUCCGACGACAAUUGGCUUCGAUGGGGACUGGUAUGACCAUACUGUUGUCGGGGGUGGUCAUCGGAAUGGCAGCGACGUUUGUUUACAUUGUGGUGUUAACAUUUAGGCACAUGAACCGAUAACCGAUGCGGGAUAAUCAGAAUAGCCGAUUUGUGUCAGUCAUAGUGCUUAUCAAUGGAAGUGGAGUUUUGUUUUUCUAUGCGAGGUUUCAAUUGUUGGCCGCUCGGUGUUGAUUGGUUUUAUAGGAAAACAUUUACCAUGCGAUUAUCAAUAGAAUAGUGAUUGUUUGUUGAAUUAGAUGUGAUUUUGAUUGCAUUUCGAACGAAAUGUGUGAUUGUUUG